GAGAGAAAGAUUUAAGAAAGAGAUGGUGGUGAUGGAGAAGCUGAAGAUGUUCGUGGUCCAAGAACCUGUUGUCGCAGCUUCUUGCCUUAUAGCCGGUGUCGGCCUUUUCCUUCCAGCUGUGGUCAGGCCUAUCUUGGACUCUUUUGAGACAUCCAAGCAAGUUCCUCAACCUGCUUUAAGUGAGGUGGUUGCAGGAAUGACUGGUAAGAAACAGUAAUAGUUUCCAAUACGGAUGGAGUUUGCAAUUCAUCUUUUUCAUUUAUUAUCUGUUGAAUAAGUCCUUCAGCAAACUCUGCAUUCUGGAACAAAUUUUGAUCGAUUGAAGCAUAUUCCAUUUCAUUGGACUUGUAAGCAUGUGAAUGGCUGCAGAACUGAAACUGUAUUUUCUAGUUCCUUGUUCUCGUAAUCUUUAUUCACUGGUUAAUUUAAUGGGCACUCUGUUAAUUUUUGGGAAUGAACUGUUGUAAGGCCUC